GGUUGGUAUUGUUGUAGGUCUCUCCCUGUUAUCCCGAAUCAACAAAGUUAAGGAAUUCCUCCUUCAAGCUUCCUUUGCAAAGUACUACAAAUUCUUCCCCCUUAUGUGCUGCAAAUUCAACUGUCGACCAGCUAAUCAACUCUUCAACUCCAAAGGGCUAACCCUUGAUGACCUAGUAGUGCUCUUUGGUGCACACACGAUUGGGUUCGCCCACUGCAAACACUUCCUGAACCAGCUUUACGAUUACCAAGGCACCAAGAAGUCGGACCCGACCAUCGACCCAAGACUCCUUAAGGCUCUAAGAAUGUCUUGCCCGCACUUUGGUGGCAAUGCCGACAUUGUUGCUGUAACACCCCACAUACCUUAGUGAAUAAUUUAAAAAUUAAUGUCCUUUAGUUUAUAGUUUUAGGGAUUACAUUGAUUGAAUUUAAAGUUUGGGGGUUUUAAGUAGAAUUUAGUAGGGGUUGAAUGACCAUAACUCAGUUAUCCCAAUUUUGCUUACCACAUGGCAUUGUCCCAACCAAGUUUUUUUUUCUUUAUUGGUGGAAACUUGGAUAAGCCUCCAGAAGGCUCCCAAAAGCCCCAUUUUGUUUUCCUACGCCUCCCUCUUCCACCUACAUCCUUUUCUUCCUUCUUUCUCCAACCAAGGUUAAGGUGCCUUUUGUUAGAUCAGUAGAUCGAGGUAACAGCCUCUCGGUUUAGGAGCUUUUGGCACAGGACUCGCAUGCUCGUUGUAUGUACAAGCUAGGGUCUCGUGUUUUCGAUAAGGAGGCAGAUCGAUGUGUUACCAAAACAAUGACUCAGCUUUUGUUUUUUUGAAAAGCUUUGGAGAAGAAUUUGCCUCAUAUAAUUUUUGUGUAAAUUAGCUUUAUGUAUAAAAUUUUUACAUUAAU